UUGCUGAGUCAAUCUCAGGCGGGAGGACGGGGGCGGAGGCGAGAAACGUGCCCGGACUGCGUCUGCGCAAUACGCAGCUCUGGGUGCGCCGGGGUUUAAGCCGCGGCGGAUCAGCUGAUUCCCCGCAUUGCAGAUCGGCGGUGUCCACGGGAGACAUGUUGUGUGCUCUGCUCCUCUUGCCCAGCCUUCUGGGCGCGGCCCUGGCUGGCGCUGUGUUCCAAAAGGAAGACUGUGCAAAGGGUCCCGGGGUCUGGUGCCGGGACCUGAAGACGGCCUCCGAGUGUGGAGCUCUCAGGCACUGCCGGCAGGAGGUCUGGAGCAAGCCCACGGUGAAAUCCAUCCCCUGUGAGGCCUGCAAGAAGGUGGUCACCAUAGUUGAGAACUUUCUGAAACAAAAUGGCACCGAGGCCGAAAUUGAGAGUUACCUGGAGAAGGAGUGCGAGAUGCUUCCUGAAGCCGACUGGGUGUCUAAGUGCAAGGAGAUCAUGGAGUCCUACCUCCCGGUUAUCAUCAACGCCCUCGAAGGGGAGAUGAGCAACCCCGAGGAGGUGUGCAGCGCGCUCAUGUUCUGCCGGUCCCUUCAGAAGCACUUGGCUGCCCUGAACCCGCGGCGGCUGGAAGUGGAGUCCAACUCGAUCCCUGAGGCGGAGCUGCCCCGACUGAUGCCGCCCUUCAUGGCCAACGUCCCUCUCCUCCUGUACCCCCAGGGAGAGAAGCAGAAGAAGCCGGCUCUGCCAAAGGCCGGAGACGACGUGUGCCAGGACUGCGUGAAGAUGGUGACGGACGUUCAGAACGCCAUCAAGACCAACGCCUCCUUCGUCGACACUCUGGUGGAGCAUCUCAAGCAGGAGUGUGACCGCCUGGGACCCGGCAUGUCGGACAUGUGCAAGAACUACAUCAACCAGUAUUCCGAGGUCGCCGUCCAAAUGAUGAUGCACAUGCAACCCAGGGACAUCUGUGACUAUGCCGGGUUCUGUGCAGAGAAGAACGUGCCUCUGCAGGCCCUGCUCCCGGCGCACGUGGUCAGCACCAAAGACAUUCCUGCCCUGGAGCUGGUGGAGCCCCUCAAGAAGAACCAGGUGAAGAGCGGUCCCACUUGUGAGCUGUGCCAGUAUGUUGUCAAGGAGAUCAUCAAACUGCUGGAAGGCAACAAGACCAAGGAGGAUAUGGUUCAUGCAGUGGAGAAGGUGUGCUCCGUGAUCCCCAAGUCCAUGCAGGCGGAGUGCCAGGACCUGGUGGAGUCUUACGGGCCGUCCAUUGUGGACCUGCUCCUGGACGAGACCAGCCCCCACCUGGUCUGCAGCUUGAUCAAACUUUGCCGUGACAAAAAGUCAGUUAACGUGGCCCGGCUUCGCAGCGGCGUCUUCUGUGACAUGUGCAAAAAGGUCGACGGCUUCUUGGACAAGAACCUGGAGAAGAACAGCACGAAGGCCAUGAUUCUCUCGGCCUUCGAGAAGGCCUGCAGCCUGCUGCCCGGGGUGUACAAGGAUCAGUGCGACGAGUUUGUGGAGGAGUACGAGCCCGUCCUGAUAGCGGCCCUGCACGACGAGAUGGACCCUAACUCUCUGUGUCUGAAAAUUGGAGCUUGCCCCAAGGCGGCUCCUAAGCCUCUGCUGGGAACCGAGCAGUGUGUGUGGGGCCCCAGCUACUGGUGCAAGAACAUGGAGACGGCAGCUCAGUGCAACGCUGUCGAGCACUGCAAGCGCCACGUAUGGAAUUAGAGGAGCGCCUUCUCUCUCUCUCUCUCUCGGGGAAAUUGCACCUUCUUUCCUGUUUGUCUCUGGGGGAAGGGAACGUAGCGAUCCCAUGUUUUUUCUGUUUGUAAAUGAGCCCCACGACGUCUUCCUCCAUCCUUCCCUCUUGUGCAUUUGUUCGUCAUUGCCACGGGUCUGAGAGGCCACGCGCCCCCCUCCCCCGCUAGGACGUGGUCCCCCCUCCCCUGCUAGGAUGGGGCCCCGGAGGCGGCUGGGAGGGAGCAGGGGGCCUGAGCCCUCCUCCCUCGGCCGCCUCCGGGUUUAGAACCGCCCUGCCCGGGGUCGUCCCCUUAGCUGCUGCCAUGUGACAGCCCACACCCAGAGCCCUCCCCACUUUCGGAGCCCCCAGCAUGGAGCCGCAGCCCCCGUCGGAGGAGCCGCUCUCGGGCCUCGCUGACCCCCGUCUGCAGGCUCUGGCUUCUCUGCGGUGCUUAGGAGCAUUGGCUUUUGGGGGAGAUUUGAGGAAAUGGGCUGGGGCCCUACCUGGGUCUGCCGGGGAAGGGUUGGGGGGGGGGCGCUUGCUUGGUCCAAGGUCAGGGAGCCCAGAAAGGGUUAGUUCUGGGGGACGGUGGCUUCUGUCGUGGCCGAUCUUACCCAGCGCCGCUCGGGCAGAGCCUUCUUAGUGUGAUUUCUUAAUUAUUAUGGUUUUAAAAUUAACAUGGGUGACAAGAUCCUGCUUUUCUCACUUCCUAGUAGAAACGUGGCCGACCCACCCGAGUGUAAGUUUCUCCCUGGUUACCAAACGUAGGCUGGGCCUCAGUUUCCCCCUGUGAUAGCAGCCGCCGCUCUGCCCUGGGUUCCGAGGCGAGACCUGCUGUUGCUAUGAAGUGAAUGUUGAUUUUUUUUUUUAAUUUUGUUCUGGUUUUGCCUUAAAGCUUUCUGUAAUUAACAAUAAAAGUUCCAGUAAACUAAA